AUGGCCGGAAAAGGUGAUGGAGAGGGCGAAGGAAAUAUUAUUAAGCUAGAAAAUCAGAUUGCAGUAAUUAAAUAUGUGCUACUGUUCACCAACUGUUUGGAAUGGAUCCCGAAGAAAAGGUAUUUACUUAUUCGACAUGUCCUUUGUUGGAGGUGGCAAAGGCAAAAAACGUUUACGCAAAGGCAAAGAUGUGGUGCAUCAGCUAGCUCUUAUUCCUUGGCGGAAUCGUAUAAGAAGUGCACCAUAAGAAAACUAGCUUUGCAAAAGAACGUGAUCUGUGAUAAAUGUGAAGGUCGUGGCAAUAAAAAAGGAGCUGUAGAACUAUUCCUCACUUCUAGAGACUUGGGAAUGCAAGUGCAAGUUCAACAGCUAGCUCCAGGCAUGUUGAAACAGAUCCAGACAGUGUUUGUUGAAUGUAGAAGACAAGGCGAAAAUAUUAAUCCCAGAGAUCGUUGCAAACAGUGA